GUGAUGUUGAUGUGACGCAACAACUAUCAGCUGUUUUGUUUUGCUUCAUUCUCUGUGCUCCGCUUGAAGUCGUAAAUGUACCUAAAACUUGCGUUUUAAUUCAUUAAUGUGAGGCGGAAGAACAGUCGAAGCGUUGGAGUAUAUUUGUCUUCCACUAUUUUAGGACCAUCCAGUUUUUUUCUCCUCAGUUGGUCUCCGCUUUGCCACUAUCUUUCCAAGAGGUCGAACCGAUCCCAGGCCUCCGAUCCAGGGCGGAGGGAGGGAAGGAGGUCGCUGGGAGUCGGGAUGGAGACCGGAGAUGUUGGGCCGGGGCUGUGCUGCCCCUCGUUCAACCAGGACUCCACGUCUUUGGCUGUGGGCACCAAAACUGGAUACCAGCUAUUCUCUGUGACCUCGGUGGACAAGCUGGACUGCAUUCAUGAGAGCACAGAAACUCCAGACGUGUAUAUCGUGGAAAGGCUUUUCUCCAGCAGCCUGGUUGUGGUGGUGAGUCAGUCCAUGCCACGUCGCAUGAAUGUCUACCACUUCAAAAAGGGCACAGAGAUCUGCAACUACAGCUACUCGAACAACAUUCUAGCAGUGCGCCUAAACAGACAGAGUCUGGUUGUCUGUCUGGAGGAAUCCAUCUAUAUACACAAUAUAAAAGACAUGAAACUCCUGAAGACCCUUCUCAACACACCAUCAAACCCAUCAGGUCUCUGUGCUCUCUCCAUCAGCCAUUCCAACUCUUUCUUGGCAUAUCCAGGAAGUGACACUAUUGGGGAAAUUAUUGUCUACGAUGCCAACAAUCUGAGCACUAUGACCAUGAUUCCUGCUCAUGACAGUCCACUGGCCGCCAUCACCUUCAGUGCUUCUGGCACCAAACUGGCCAGUGCUUCUGAAAGGGGCACAGUGAUUCGAGUCUUCUCCAUCCCAGAGGGACUGCGCUUGUUUGAGUUCCGGCGGGGGAUGAAGAGGUAUGUCAACAUCAGCUCCCUUUCCUUCAGCCCAGAUGCUCAGUUCCUCUGUGCCUCAAGCAAUACAGAGACGGUGCACAUUUUCAAGCUUGAACAGCACAGCCCAAGUGGGGAUGAGCAAGCUCCCUCUUGGUCAACAUAUGUAGGUAAGAUGUUCACAGCAGCCAGUAGCUACCUCCCAGCACAGGUGUCAGGCAUGAUGAGUCAAGACCGAGCCUUUGCUACAGUCCGCCUCCAGAUGGCAGGUCAGAAGAAUGUCUGUGCCCUGGCAAUAAUCCAGAAGCUUCCACGUUUGCUUGUGGCCUCCUCUGAUGGGCAGCUAUUCAUCUAUAACAUUGAUCCUCAAGAAGGGGGUGAAUGCACUCUGGUGCAGAAGCACAGGGUGUCUGGAUCAGAUAAGGAUUGGGAGGAGACUGAGAAAGCUGAACUUAUGGAGCCACCGCAAGCAUGCCAGUCGUAUGCUGCCACUGUGGCCAUCCCCACCUCUGGACCCGUCACAGCCACUCUCACAGGCUACUCCGAGGACGGCGGAGCUAAGAAGGGUGAGGUGAUUCCCGAGCACGAGUUUGCAGCAGGGCCUGUGUGUCUGGACGACGAAACUGAAUUUCCUCCCAUAAAUUGGUGCCGUGACGGAUCUGGGCGAGGCAAGGGGAGACGACCGUGAGAGGGUAGAGAACAGGUGGAGGCAACAACUGUCAGAGGAGGACCUUCAGUGCAUGAGCAAGGACAAACAAAUGAAAAACAUAACUUCAGGGUGCUAAAUUAUUAACGGAAAGGUUGAAAUGCUAAUAUCUUAAAUUGAGUUGAUCAGGGAUUUGGGUCGUUGUCACUCGGACCCCUGAAGGGUGUGUUAUAAAUGAGGUGCAUGACUGAAAUAUAACCACAUAUUGUUCUAGUUACGUAACAUAUUGUAUUAAGUCGUAAUACUGUAGCAUUUUAUUCUUUUAAUUUAUAACACCAUCAUAUUGAAUUAUAAGAGAGGAGGAAUUACUUUUUUAUAUAUGUGUUUUGCUGUAUUGAUACUUAAUAUGUUUACAUGUUUCCAUCCUGAAAACUAAUACACCAGGAUGUUUUGUAUGUAUGUGCCUAUGAUAUUACUUGUAAGAGUGCAAAGUAUUUUGCUGGAUUGCUCAAGACCAAAAGAUAAAAAAAAGAAAAGAAAUGAAUAUAUAGGAAAUCUAUUAGGAUUGGAAUUAUGCAAACCACC